AAGAGGAGGAAGAGGAAGAAGAGGAGGAAGAAGAAGAGGAGGAGGAAGAGGCCACAGAACCUCCUACUAAUCAAACAGAAACACAGCACAACUCUACUGGACCUCCAGCUGAAUGCCAGACUGCAGAUGCAGAGAUAAGCUGCAGGGGUGUCGGGAUGACUCACCUGCCAGUUUUCCAGUACCUGGAAGUGACAAAGCUUGACUUGGGAGAAAACAACAUCAGAAUCAUCACUCCACAAAGUUUGUUUGGACUACAAAACCUGGAUGAACUGGAUCUGAGCCAGAACCAACUGGACGACGAGUCAUUUAGCCAGAACUGCCUGCUUAACUUGACCUUUUUGAGAAAGCUGGAUCUUAACGACAACCAGAUCACCAGAAUUCCAGCGCUGCCAGCAUCUCUAGAGGAGCUCAAGAUUAAUAAGAACAAACUGACUGUUCUCACGGAUCACUGCUUCCAAGGCGUGAAAAACUUGUUGAAGCUGGAGCUAAGGAUGAACACCCUUUAUGAAGCCAGUGUGUCACCUGCAGCUUUUCAACCUCUGCAGAAGCUUCUGGAGCUGCAGCUGGACAACAACCGUUUCCGGUCCCUCCCUCUGGGCCUUCCUUCGUCUCUUCAGGUGCUGAAAAUGAAUGGAAACCUGAUUGGAGAGGUGGCCUUUGAGGCCUUAAGGGACUGCAUUCAUCUGAAAGUGCUGAAUCUGAGUCACAACUAUAUCGACGAUCAAAGCAUCGAUAGCAACACUUGGACCCGUCUUAGAUCUCUGGAAGACUUGGACCUGUCGCACAACCGCCUCACCUCCAUCCCUGUGAAUCUGCCUCGCUUCCUCCGUAAACUGAUCCUGCACCACAACAGCAUACGUCACAUCCCUGCCUUCACGUUCCGCCACAUGCGUGCUGGGCUGCAGUCCCUUCAUCUGUCCCACAACAAACUGAGCACCGAGGGCGUAGAGCAGCAUUCCUUCGUUGGAACCUACCGCUCCAUGCGUGAGCUCCUACUUGGCAACAACAGACUGCAGGACAUCCCCAGAUGUGUCAGGCAGUUCAAGAACCUGCAGGUGCUGAGACUGGAAAACAAUCAGAUCAGGCAGGUGAGGCAGUGGGCAGUGUGCCACCCUGGUAAUUCUGGCUCCACCUUGGUUUCUGUCCACCUGGAAUAUAAUCUCCUGGAAGAGGAGGCAAUUCCCCCGAAGGCUUUCUCCUGUGUGACUGACACACAGGGACUGGUCCUGUAUCCACAGCAGGGCAAACGUACAUGAACUGACACAAAUGCUUUGCAUAAGCAAGACAAACAGCAAUACAGUUCUCUCCAGCUUCUGUCAUUUUUGACAUCUUUAUAGUCACCAUGGUAUCAGAAAACAUUUACAACUUAAUUAGCUAAGUCAGUAAAUCCAUUUCUAAGUAGCAUGUUGUAGUAUUUUGGCACGCAAUAAAGAAAAUAUGAACCUCA